UAAAAUAUUAUAUAAAGACAUAAUUUUUAAUUUUUUUUAUUUAAAAAGAAAAUUCCUAUAUAUGAAAUAUUAAAAAUACAACGACAUAGUUUAAUGAUAUUUUAGCGAAAUAUAAGGAAUAAAACAUACAAUAUUGUUAUAUUAUUAGUGCUAAAUAGGGCGAGAAAAGAACAGAUAAAUAGAGAAAUAAAUGUUUGUUUAUGUUUUGUUUGUCCUUUGCGGGCCACUGUACUUGAACAAAUCCUCAGAAUAUUUAAGUCGUUGAAUCAAUACGUAAAAAAAGCGCUUCAGUAUUAUUUCUUUCCGGGACAUGAGCGUGUUUUUGAUUACUGAUGGAUGUUUUCGAUCACUGAUCUGCUCCACAGAGGGACUGUGACGUGGAGAAACGAAGAAGUUUGAAUUAAACUUGCGCGGCUCCACAGCGCCGCCGCUGCUGCUGCGGUUCAAUCCGGAACUGCAGCUCCACUCUGUUCAAACUGCGAGAUUCUUCUGCUGCUCAUCGAUCGCCUCUGCUGCCUCCAACCGGCUCGGAUCCGGACCAGAACCGAGUCCGAUCCGUCGAUAACCCCUCUUCCUCCCUCCAGGCUGCAGCUGCAUCAAACUGCAUCGACAUUUUGGCUGUUUGGGCUGAAAAAAGUUGAGUCUGAAGCCUCGUCUCUGAAAGAAUCCGCGUCUUUUCUCUCCGCUGCUGCUUCUCCCCGGAUCGGAUCUUCAGGCCACAGCAACGGAGAACAUCCAGAGAAGCCGGAUCUACAGAGACCCGCUUAGAAAGAGGUUUUAGUGGGCUGCUGUUGGAAUGCAGUGAUGGCUGAACAUCUGUCCCAGAGCGAGCUGGAUUAUCCCUUCAAACUUCUGGAGUAUUUCAACGGCUUCAGGGUGUCAAAGGUGAUAUUUUCAGCCUGUGAACUGGGGGUGUUCGACCUCCUGCUGAGGUCCCAGGAGCCCCUCAGUGCCCAACAUGUGGCCCAGGAGCUGAAGACCAGCGUGGACGGGAUGGAGAGGCUGCUGGACGCCCUGGUGGGCAUCGAGAUCCUGGAGGUGGAGAAGACAGCUGGGACAGCGGUUUACAGCAGCUCUGACGUGGCCAAUCUCUACCUGGCCAGAGGCAGCGUGAAGUCUCUUCACGACAUGAUCGUCUACCAAUCACAGACCAUCUACCCGCUGUGGAACAACCUGGUGGACGCCGUCAGGGAGGGAAAGAACCAGAACGAGAAGACGUUCGGCCUUCCAUCGGAGGAGGUUUUUCAGGUUAUUUACAGAUCUGAGGAGGAGAUGCUGAAAUUUAUGGGUCUCAUGAACUCCUCGUGGGUUCUGGACGGACACGACAUCGUGACGGUGUUCAACCUCUCCUGCUUUCAGAACAUCGUUGAUCUGGGAGGUUGCACUGGUGCUUUGGCCCGUGAGAUGGUGAAGGCGUAUCCCUCAUCAACGGUCACAGUUUUUGAUCUACCGCAAGUCGUAGAAACGGCUCAGAAACAUUUCUCUCAGGAGAGCGAUGCUGUUUUAUUUCAAACUGGAGAUUUCUUCAGCGGUGAAAUUCCUGCUGCUGAUUUGUACGUUCUGGCCAGAAUCAUUCACGACUGGCCUGAGGAGAAAUGUGUGACGCUGCUGAAGAAGAUCUACAACGUCUGUAGACCCGGCGGCGGCGUCCUGCUGGUCGAGGCGAUGCUGUUCGAGAACAGACGAGGACCCGUCAUGGCUCAGAUCUUCUCCCUCAACAUGCUGGUUCAGGCUGAAGGUCGCGAGCGUCCGCCGUCCGAGUACACAGACAUGUUGAAGAAGACCGGCUUCCAGAACAUUCAGGUGUGUCGCACUGGGAAGUCCUACGACGCCAUCCUGGCCGUCAGAUGAGCUGCAGGAGAAACUCGCAGACAGAUGGACUGAAACAGCAGAUUUCAAGGCCUUGAGAAGGUUUGGAGAUGGACAGAAACACAGAUGGAGUGUUUGCAGAUACUGUGUUUGAAGCUCAGAAAUACAAGCGUUCUACUGGAGAAGAUUUUUCAUCAGAUUUACCUCUAAUCUAAUAUUAGCAAAACAAUUCUGCAUCACAAUCAGGUCAAAAUAAAGGAAUUAAUACAGAUUAAGAAAGGAAUUCUGCACUUUUUGCUUUCAUGUCAAGGCUGAAAUGAAAAGACUGUUACCGUUCUAGUGUGUUAGCGUAGCUUAGCAUGAAGCAAAUUCCAUCUAAAAUCAUCAAAAGUUUUAGAAAAAAUUCUGCACAACCAUCUCUGAUUUGCCUGAAACUUCUAUAGCAUAAAUAGCAUAACAUAUGGAUAUUUCUGAAAAUGUCUGUAAGAUUUUAGCUUCAUAUAUCAACUACUUUUUUUUUGACGCAUUCCUCCAUCUCUGUAUAGAAUGAGGUCAAAAUAUAAGAAAUAAUACAGAUUAAAGAAGGAAUUCUGCAUUUUGACAUGUGCACUUUUCCCCUGUCAUCACUAAUAUGCUAAUUGUGGUUAGCCUAGCUUAGCAUUAGGGCCAUUCCAUCUCAAAUCAUCAGAUUUUUAGAAAUAUUUCUGCUCAACUGUCUCUGAUUGGUAUGAAACUUUUAUAGCAUAAAAUCUGGAUCUUUAUGAGUAUAUUUGUUAAAUUUUACAUGGAUUUAUCAAAUACUUUCUGAGAUAAUGUAUUUUAAAAUGGCCCACCAACCCAUAUUCAGCAUUAUUUUUUCUCACAUUGAGAUUGAGGCUGUUAAAGAUGUACUAUAUUUAUAAUCCUGGGUGGUUAUUUGAGGUUUUUAUUUGUCACAUUUUCACCUGCGUUUGAAAAAGCAUCAUAAAAACCAACAAUGAACAACAAAAGUUAUGCAAAAAGCAAGAAAUGUAGACCUAAAUUAACCACUGCACAUAGUUUUUAUUGUCCUGAAGAACAUAUGAUGCAGUUUAUUCUUACUCUGAAUUGUAAGAAAAGUACAUUUUUCCAUCUCAUUGAUCUUCAGUAUCUGCUGUUUGUGGACAUUGCUGAUCUUUGUUUCUGAGGAUUCAAACACAGAAUCCACUGGAGCGUUACUGGAGUGUUACCGGAGCGUUACUGGAGCGUUCUUUCAUUAUUAUUCUGUCGUUUCUCUGCCAGCAGCAGGAAUCCAACUAAAACCUGAAAGUGCAGCUAAAUUUAGAGCAAAACAAACCCUUUAAGCUUGAAGAAAACCUGAGUGUUGUGACGUUGUGUUGUGUGUAGAUGUGUGUUUCACUGUGAUGCGUUCAGGUUCCCUCAGAAUCUGCUGGAAUCUUCAUUACAACUUCAUUUUACCUCCAUUUUCCCUCUGCUGGUAUUAAAAUGUUCUCAUUUUUUGAUGUUUUACACUUUCAGUGACACUGUGAAUGAAAGGUUGAAGGAAAAUCACUGUGUUUGAUGCAUUUCUGGCUCUUUUGUGUAUUUUCUUUUUACUCAUGAUGUUACUGGACUUUCUGUUUACACCUGAAAUCACUGAUUCAACAGUAUUGUUAGAGGAGCGCUGUGAAUUUAUUUCUACUUUGUAUGUGUGUCAUUGAUGAGAUGUGAAUGCAAAAUAUCGAUCCGUGCAGCAGAAAUUGUCCUUUUUCAAUCCUGUCCUCCUGUAACUCCACUAAACAUGUCGGCAGCAUGAAUCCCUCAGAUUAAAUAACAAACAUAUCUUGUUUA